AUGACUGCGCAGCUUCAGCAGCAAGUAGCUUUGUUAUCUGCACAGAUGGCUCAGCUCCAAGCUCCAGCCUCUCCCCCUCCCCGUAGAAGAGGUCAUAUUGCGGUGCCAGACAAGUUUGAUGGUACUCAAGCCAUGUUUCCUGCUUUUAUGGGACAGUGCCAGCUUUUUAUGAGCCUGAAAAGGGAGGACUUUCCCACUGAUCAGGAUAAAGUGGGGUUUGUACUUAGUCUGCUUUCAGGCUCUGCAGCUCGCUGGGCCACGCCCCUGAUGGUGCAGGAUAGUCCUCUGUUGGAUCAUUUCAGGGGCUUUGUGAUCAUCUCUGACUGA